CUUACGUCAUCAAACCGCCUCCUUUUUCACAAAGUUGUUUUCAUUUUCUCGGAUUAAAUCUCAGCGACAGCUCGUCUUUUCGUUAGAAAAUAAGUUCAUUUAUUUAUCAACAGUGUUGUGUUGCAGACCGUUAAGGCACAAAUGAUAAAGUUUCAGUUUCAUAAGUGGCAUUUAAAAUCUGCAUGAACGUCAAUGUGAUACUCGAGUUUUCAGGUUCAGAUCAGUAUCAUCUACAAGCCAACAAAGCAAAAGGCCUCAUCAGAAGAAACCAGGUGUGUUUUCUGGAUCUACAGCUUCAAUGGAUUUAUCACCAACAUUCGCUGUUUGUGCAGCUGAAAAGGAGCCAGACCUCAGGAUCAUUCUUCUUGGAAGAACUGGAGUUGGAAAAAGUGCAGCAGCAAAAACCAUAUUAGGGAACAAAUCUCAUCCUUGGCUUUCCUCAGCGACAUUGUUCUGUGCGAAGAAAACCAGUAUUUAUCCUGGUCUAAAUCUGACUGUUAUUGAUACUCCAGGUCUGUUCAGGACGAUAAAAAGUAAUAAAGAUAUGGUGAUGGAGAUCGCGAAGAGCAUUUGCAUGUCGGCUCCUGGUCCUCAUGUGUUCCUGAUUGUGCUCCAAACAACCAGAUUCACACCAGAAGAUGAAAAAACUGUAGAAAUAAUUAAGAAAACAUUUGGAAAAGAAGCAGCCAGAUACACCAUGGUACUGUUUACCCAUGGAGACGAGCUGAGAGAAGCAAACAUCAACAUAGAAGACAUGUUAGAAAAACUCCAACCUCUGAAACGCUUCAUCAGUCAGUGCUCCAUCCUGGAGAAAUUUGAAGAUAAAUAUCAUGUUUUUGACAACAAUGUUGAGGAUCCUGAUCAAGUCAGUGAACUGCUGGAGAAGAUCCAAAGAAUGGUUGAGCAAAAUGGAGGAAGUUUCUACAGAAAUGAAAUGUUCAGAGAGGCACAGAGAACAAGGCUCACAGGAAAUCUGGGCUUUUUUCCUGAGCGUGCAGAAAAAGCUGCUCCUCAAGCUAAAAAAGAUCCAGACCGCAGGAUUGUUCUCCUUGGAAGAACUGGAGUUGGAAAAAGUGCAGCAGGAAACACCAUUUUAGGAGGAGGAUUGUUUCAGUCUAGAGUCUCUCUCUCCUCUGUGACAUCGGUCUGUCAGAGGGAAAGCAAUUCUUUCUGUGGCUUAAAUCUGGAAGUUGUUGACACUCCAGAUCUGUUUGGAUCAAACCUGGAGUACCUGGUCUGCCCCAAACAGAUCGCUAGAUGCAUCAGCAUGGCGGCUCCUGGUCCUCAUGUCUUCCUGAUUGUUCUCCAACCGACCAGAUUCACAGCAGAAGAAAGAAAAACUGUGGAAAUAAUCCAGAGUUUGUUUGGAGAAGAAGCAGCCAGAUACACCAUGGUCCUGUUUACCUAUGGAGACGUGCUGAAAAAGAAAAACAUAACAAUGGAAAACCUGUUAGAAAAACACCAACCUCUAAAACGCUUCAUCAGUCAGUGCUCCGUCUUGGAGAAAUUUGAAGAAAAAUAUCACGUUUUUGACAACGAAGCUGCAGGAAGAACUCAAGUCAGCGAACUGCUAAACAAGAUCAACAAAAUGGUUGAGCAAAAUGGAGGAAGUUACUACAGCAACGAGACGUUCAGAGAGGCACAGAGAGCCAAGCAGCAAGAAAUGGACCGACUGCGCAGAGAAAAUCCAAAGACAUUUUUUAAAGAUGGAAGAAAACAGGCAGAGAAAGAGAACUCCUUUAUCCGUGCUGCUAUGGAUGCUGCAGCAGAUGGAGCUGCUGCAGGUGGAGCUGCUGCACGUGGAGCUGCUGCAGGUGGAGCUGCUGCAGGUGGAGCUGCUGCAGGUGGAGCUGCUGCAGGUGGAGCUGCUGCAGGUGGAGCUGCUGCAGGUGGAGCUACAAACAUCUCCAACAUGUUAGAGUUGGUAGGAGGGCAGCUGCUGCUAGAGUGAGAUGCACCGAUCCGAUAUUAAUACCCGUAUCAGUUAUUGGUAAUUGAUGGUGAUGCACCAACUUACAGAAGUAUUUUGUUUUAUGUUAUGUUUAUUAGAUAUUUUUAAUAUUUAUAUGGGAAAAGGGACAACAACAGGACAAAAUAUAUACAGCACAGAUAUAGAAAACAAAACAUAAAUUACUGUAAUUACUGGAAUAAAGUAACCCAUGUAAA